AUUUAAAAAGCGAACCUGUCAUACUCGCGUCAGCUGUCAAAACAAGUCGCGAGGUGCGGUUGAUGGCUGAUGGCGUUGGCGUAACGAGAGCACACCACACCGAGGCGGCACGGCUGAGGCACGGCAUGAGUAACGCGUGACAGUGGAGUCUCUCUCGCGGGCGAGGCUCGCGACGGCAUCACAAGCAUCAGGAUCCUGCACCAUGCGAGGAGCGGAGUGCACCAACGGAUAUGGCGGCGCGUCACCUGAACACGCGUCAGCCAGCGACAGCGAAGGCGAGGAGGCGAGCGCCGGCUCCGGCGGCGAAGGAACCGUAGAACUCCUUGCCGAGGACUUGGAACUACCAGCGCGCGCCCUCGCCUCGCUCAACGCGCUACGCAAGUCGCGACAACACUUCGACGUCCUACUCGUUGCUGGGGGCGAAGAAACGCCCGCACACAAGGCAGUACUGGCUGCUGCGUCACCGUAUUUAUUAGAAACUUUAGCGGAGCCAUUACAUCGCGUAGCGGGGGUUGACGCGGCGUCGCUACGUGCGUUAGCCGAAUGGGCGUAUACUGGAAGAUUAGUAGCAUCUGCUGGCGCUCCAGCGCGGAAACUAUACGAAGCUGCAUGGCGGCUAAGAGUAGAAGGAGCGAGAUUGGCGUUAGCGGAGAGGCUUGUGCGGCGAGCGACGCCGCAGGAUGCGCUAGAGCUGCGAGCGCUGCCGGAUUUACCGCCGCAGCACAGGCAUCAUCUUGACACGUUUAUUGCGGCACAUUUCGACGAGAUUUGCGCCUCAGGCGCGCUAGCGGCCCUCCCUUCAGUAACCGCAGAGCUUCUCCGCGAGUCUUCAGCCGAAGAUGGCGGCGAGGCUCCGCGUGCGGUCGCUGACGCGGCGCUCGUGUGGCUGAGGGACCGAUCAUUAGAUGAGGAGUUAUACUCCAGGACACAUCUAUUGUUUGUGGACGGAGGGGGAGAGCUGAAGGAUUGCGGGGAGCUGCCGGCCGCGAGGACUGAUGGGCCCGAGCUACAGGAGUAUCGGCGUGAGGCCGUCGAGCGUCGACGCCGCGAGCCCGGCAUCGGCGCCACAACGCCCAAACCGCUCGCCGGGGGCGAGCUGGGCGCCCGCGAGCGCGCCCGGGGCGCCGGCGGCGACUGCGCCGUACUGGCCGCGAGGUCGCUCGGCCCGAGGGCUACACAAGCGUUGCUGGCGGUACAUGGAAGGCUGGUCGCGGCCAGAGUUGCUUGGAGACCGGCGGGCGGGCCGGUCGCGCGCGGAGGGAAGCUUGGACACACACAGGACGCCCCACCGGAACCGGAUGGCGAGAAGCGAGCGGAGCUGGCGGGUGGUCGCUGCGCGCACGGCGCGGCCGCGCUCGGCCAGCGAUUGAUAGUUUGUGGCGGUUACGACCGCGCCCGCGUCCUCCGCAACUGCGAGGCGUACUGCCCGGCCACCAACGCGUGGUCACCGCUGGCCGACAUGCGCGGCGCGCGCGCACGCUUCCCCGCAGCGGCGCUGGGAGGGAAAGUGUACGCGCUGGGCGGCUCUGAUGGACAUAACGAGUUGGACUCGGUGGACGCCUUUGAAGAGGGCGGAGAGACUGGUUUAGGCAAGUGGGUACCGCGCGCUCGGCUACCCGGUGCUCGCUCGCACGCGGCGGCCGCGGCCGACCACGAGCGCGGCAUCCUGUACCUCGUGGGCGGCUGGGCCGGCGGCCGGAGCCUCAAGGCUGUGCACAGAUACGACCCAGCUACGGACUCGUGGUCAGACGCCCGUCCCCUGACCACUGGGCGGUCGCAGUGCUGCGCCGUGCCGUGGCGCGGCUCGCUCUGGGCGCUCGGCGGCUGCGACGCCUGGCGCUGUCUGGCUUCUACAGAACUACUGUCUCUCGAGGACCCCGAGGCUGGUUGGACUUCUGGCCCGCUGCUGCCUUCAGCGCGACGUUCGAUGGGCGGCUGUGCCUGGCGAGGCCGACUAGUAGUCGCCGGAGGGUCCGACGGCGCGGCCUCCUUACGACGCGUGGAUUGGUUACUGCCGGGCGUCGAGCCUGCAGGAGGCACCUGGCAGGCGGGCCCGCCGCUGCGUCGCGCUCGCGCCGGGCUGGGCGUGGCGGAGCUGGGCGGCGCGCUGUACGCGGCCGGCGGGUUCUCGGGCCGCGAGUUCCUGGCCUGCGUCGAGUGGCUGCCGGCGCCCGACGCCGAGUGGACCAUGCUGGCCGACCCGCCCCUAGUGGCGCGCACCCUGAGUGAGCCGAGCCCGCCUAGCGAGUCGCCGCCGCCCGUAUACCGCGCGCUCAGCGAGCAGCACCCGCUAAGCGGGGCCGACCGGCCAGAGGAACACGGACAGAACGAAGCGACCGCGCAUAACUAGCCAUCGUGUCGUCCUUCUCACUGCAGUAACGAGUGAAGGCGACGACGCAAAAACACGCUUCAGCAUCAAGCAAUGAGUAUUAUUAGGACCCCCUUCAUACCAUAGACAACUGAGUUAUUGUAUGAUGCGAAGAUUUCGUGGAUGUUGCGACAGCUGAACUAAAGUCGUCAUAUUUGUUUUAUAAUUGCUGUUUGAGACGUCCAUAAACCUGGAUUAUCCCUAUUUAUAAACAAUGAAACAUUAUCCGACAAGAUAUGAAAUCGAAUUCGAUCUUAUCAAUUUUGGCGACUUGAACAUCUUGUUGAGGUUUUUAACAACGGCCACGAAAUCUUUGAUUCUGUGUAUGGUAACUCGUUGUCUGCGGUCGUUUUAAAGUAUCUUUCAUUUCGCAUAUUUUUUUAAAAUGAUAGAUCUUCUGCUGUAUUUCACAGGCAACUUUUCUAAUAGACGUGAAUUCGUUGAAGCUCCAGCGAUUGCCAUAUACAGCUAAAUAUAUGGCACAGUGUCCGUGCCAUUUAGUAAAACGUUUAAAACGUAAUGAUGUUUAAACUUUUUAUUGAACUUAACAGUUUUGAAUGAUUUUAGGUUAGUUUCACUAGACUUAUAUCGACCGGGAUAUGGACCGUGAUUACCUUUUGUAUUGUUUUCG